UCACAAAACUAUCUUCCAGCUAAACACAGUCAAGAACCCAGUAAAUUGAUGAAUGAUACGGCAGCCAAAGAUAAACACACACAAAAAACAUCUUUUUCCGAAUUAUAAUUAAAGUUUAAUUAUUCUACGGCACAUAAUUAACGGCAUCACACGUGAACUAAAUUCUGUCAUUAACUAUUCUCUUCCAGGUUUACAGGACGACGUUGUAAAGCUUACACGAGAUUCUUGUAGCCUUUAUCCGUUUUAACAAUUGACAUCAGCAGUUGUGUUGCAUCCCACUAACAUAAAAUAUAAGAACAACACUAGCAUCCAAAAACCAUUACUUAUAAACAGGACUAAGAAGGAGGAAAUAUAUACCCCAGUAAAUAUUUAUUGCAGGAAAUAUAUAUCCCAAGGCGCAAGUAUGACGUCGCGGAAACUGCUCGCGGUUGUGCUCUUGUCGAGCUUCGUGUGCGCAGCGUGGGGUACCUUCAGUCCCAGACGCAUCCUCUUCGCCCAGUGCGACUACCCAGAACACUCGGUGAAGCCCAAGGCGGUGUUCAUGACCUGCGCCAACAACCGCGGCGUGUGUGAGGUCCGCGCUGGAGGCUCCCACACCCUCAGGGCCAUCUUCGUGCCCAAAAUCAACUCAUCGGACGUUGACUCGUACGUGCGUUGGAACUCUUGGGUUGAAGUUCAGUUGCCGGGACAGAACAGAGAUGCGUGCGGUGAAGCACUGACCUGCCCUGUGGUUGCCAACGACAUCACGCGGUUCACCUACAACCUCGACAUCCAGAACUUCUGGCCCAGGGACGAAUAUCCCGUCAUAUGGUCGUUGACUGACCGAGCCACGGACCAAGAAAUCGUCUGUUUCAAGUUCCGGAUCAACAUCGUCUGAUCAACAUCGUCUGAUCAACAUCGUCUUCAUCUACGUGAAAUUAAUCACCAAUAAACUAAUCAACAUGAAAUUAUGGAAUAUUAAAUUCAUUUAAUUCAAAUUUGCCAUCAUAGAACUUAUUUAUCCUGCGAAAUUAUCCUGAUCAAAAUAAAAGUUAUCAAGUUGGAGUUGAUCAAAAUGAUAUUCAUCGUCUUGAUCCUUAUUAAUAUGUUAUUAAUCAAAAUUAUGUUCAUCAACAUUAAAAAGAAAAAUUAUCUUUAGUGCAGAAUCACAACGUCGAUAGCUUUUAUUAUUCAGGAGCUUCAUUAUAUUGUGGUGUCUUUUCUUAAUACAUUCAUGGUUUUUAUGAUGAUGAUUGUUUUUUAUGAGCUAGAACCAUGACAUUAAUCGUGUCAAAAAGAUACAUAAAAAAUAUUUUUUAGUUCGAUACAACAAUCGUAGAUCAAAACAUCAUAAAAAUGUUAAGUAAAAUGACAUUUUUAAUGAAGAAAUCUUAAUAAGAGUAUGAUGACAAUUGGUGUAAUGGUAUUAAAAAAUACGCGAAUGGCAGUUGAGGCAGCCAUUUGUAUUUAGAGUUGCAUUAAUCGUAAUCAUUAGUAUUUUCAUUUAUUAAUAGUCAUAGAUAUUAUUAUAAACAAACCAGAAUACCCGAAUAUCAAUCUUCAAAAUUUUAGCUUUACCAACUCGAUGUAUUUUCCUUGGUAUAAAUUAAAAAAUAGUUUUAUGUGAACCAUUUAUGUUCAGAACUUUCGCGACAAGUAAGAUGUUCAGUCCAAGAGAACUUUUACUCACAAAUCUUGGAGUAUUAUUUUGUUGUGUUAAAAAAUAUGAACAGCUCGUUGGUUUACAAUUUUUUAAUUAUUAAAUAUAUAUUUUUUAUUAAUGGUAACUUUUAGCUCAACUGAUUCGUUUGUAAUAAUGGAAUAGAAGCCCCCAAAUAUGAAAAUAACAUUUUUUUAUCAAAAUCACUCGACGUCGUAAAUCGCAAAUUAAGUAAGAAGCCACAAACGUAGAAUUUUUUAUUGAAUUACGACGUUAUGAAUGGCUGUCGAACCCUGUAAUUUCCGAACAUGUGACAAACUAUUUUAUAAAAUAAAAUAUAUUGGAUGCACCGUG